UGGCUGGAAUAUAGUCACAUGAAACAUCACGGUACUUUGCGUGGUAUAGUUAAAGAAUUGUAUGUGUAAUUAUGAACUGGACGCUGUUUACCAUAUAUGCAGGUCACAAAUCAUCCUAAUUUCUCAAAAGUGGAAUAAUUAAUUCCUGCAUAGAAAGGACAUCAUUGGAAAAAAUCCUAACCAUGUAUAAUCAGUCUUCUAACAGUGCAGCCAAUGUCGCCCUGGAAUCGCUAAGUCUGUUCAUCAUCAUGCCUGGUUCCAUUUUGGCGAGUGGUAUGGCCACGUUUGUCAUUCUCAACACACGCAGUCUACGAAAACACGCUCACAAUCUUCUCAUUCUUUCUCUGAAUAUUGCGGACCUAGGAGUAGCCCUCUUCACCAUGCCAUGCGCGAUGAUAUCUGUAUUUGAUGGUGGAAAAUAUCUCACGACAAACACCAACGCAUGCAAGGUGAACGGUUUCCUUGCUGUGUUGUUCACCUUCGCUAUCCCAUCACUCAUCCUCACCAUCACAUUAGAACGAUUCCUGGUCGUCAAUCUCUCUCAAAGAUUCCCGCCAAACAGAAGACGCGUUUACAUAUUCAUCGCGAUAUCAUGGGGGACAUCAUUGAUCGCGGCAAUCCUACCACUGACCGGUUGGAUAUCAUCUUACAGUUACAUCCCAACAACCAGACACUGUUCCCCACCUUGGCUUGAUCCCGUCUUCUACGUCGCUGGGAUAAGCUUACUCGUAGUUGAAAUCCCUUUACUCCUGCUCCUCUAUGCCGCCAUUAUCUACAAUCUCAAGAAAACUGGUACCAAACUGAAAAAGACAGGACUGCGGGAUAAACCCUGUAAAGAGUGUUCUGCCACAGGUGAUGACACCACUUCGCCUCCACCUUCAGUUUCACGUCCGCUCGAGGAUGAUCCUGAGGUUGAUUCAGAGACUGUUCAAGAAAUUCCAAAUGCUACCUCUUCAACCGAGGGUAAAGUUUUAUCCUCAGGUGAAGUAGAAUCUAAGACAACGGGAAGAAGGAUACGAGCAAAUUUGAAGACUAAAGGGAGGCGACUUUUUAAGCAGAAAAGUUUUGGAGCGAGGAAAAGGCAAUGGUCUGCACAGAGAAGGGUUGCUACGAUUGGUGCUGUGUUAGUGAUCACAACAAUCAUUUGCUGGAUACCAUACCUUCUUGUCCAUCUGGAUAUCAUACCAUUGCCCGAUGAUCACUGGUUUGGUGUGAUGACCAUGUGGUUUGCCUUCACAAACGUUUUACUCGACCCGGCCAUUUAUACCUUUAUGAACCGACAGGCACGAGCUGAACUCCAGAGGUACUUCAAGAACUUGAAGAUUUCGUGUCAGUUGAAACCAUGUCGAGUGCAGCUGCAACAUUGUAUCAGAGGGGAAGAUUGAAAGACAUUUUCCUUUUAAAUGCUUCUGGUUUGUUGGUUGCCCGGGUUGGUUGGUUGAGUUUAGUAUGGAGGCCGGCGCUAUCCAUCGAUAUCCGAUGAUGUCGGGCUGGAUGUUUUGAGCGGACGAUAUCUGACUUGGAUGAAGUUACAAGAAGGAACAGUUAAGACUGGUGCAUACAGAUUUUUAUUUCGCACGUCGUGGGUUCUGGGACCAAUCCGCCAAAUGUUAAUUGAAUAAAACAUGUACAUCAAUAUUGUAGUAGGUCCAUGAUCAAUUAUAAGUGCCUUCGUAUUCGCGUGAUUGUUGCCGGUCGACCGGAUAAGGGGCUGUUGACGUCAUUCUAGUCUAUUUGUAGAAUUCUUCUGAUGGUGGAGCAUGGAAAAUCAAAUAUCCCUGAUCCUUUUUAGAUCCAAUCUAGAAAUGGGUAGAGAAGAAUCAAUGUAGAACAAAUAACAAACAGGGAUCAUGACCAUGCAUGAAGAAUCAAUUAAAACUGAAAAGUAUACUUCAUUUUGAAGUUCGGCAUUGUUUUGUGAGCGGGAGGCGAUUAUGUUUGUCAUACGACUUCUUCGUAUUUUUUCCUUUUAAUGCCACAUAUUUUGAAGACUACACACUAGAAAUUUUAGACUUGUAUUUUUUCAGUCUCACAUCAAUUUCAAACAAAAAGAGAGUAAUUUGGGAAAUAAUUUCUUGCCUUGCUGUGAUUCGAAGCCAGAACCUUGUCAUUGUAAGUGCAGGUUCUCCCACAGUACCACAUUGGUUGAGUCGUUGCAAGCGUAACGAAUUGUGGUUAUGAUUAUUAACAAGGUGAAUAUUACGAGGAGCAGUCAUCAACGGACCCCAAAAAGAAAAUGUCUUUUAAGUGAGUAGGACCAGUUGUAUGCACAUCAUGAUAGAUAGAUAAAUAGAUAAAAAAUGGGCUUGUGUCUUCACAUCAGGUUAUCGAGCCAAACCUGACCAUUCGAGAAAAAGGCACCCUAAAUUCUAAAAGAGCAACUUCCGUUUACCCGAUGUUUUGCGAAAAUUAUAUAAAAGUUAUCGAAUGGUCGGGUAAACUGGAUCUGACGUUUCGAGAAUUUAUGGGACCCUUUUCUCGAAUGGUCGGGUUUCUUGUGUCAUUUAUUGUGUAAGAUCGUCAUUGCUGCAGCUUAAUUUGUUACAACAAAUGAAAAUUAAAAGCUUCAUAUUUCAAAAUUAGAAUAAGAAAAAAAAAGCUCGAUCAAGCAUAUUCGCAAUAUACAUGCAUAAUAUUAAAGAUUAUAAGUCAUAUAAAAAUGUUUCACCGAAAGAUUUUAAUAUUUUCGUAUUACUUUGAGCCUGAAAUACCUCGUUGAUCAACAAUUAACAGUUUAAUGAUGUUACAAUGUAAUUAUAUACUCAAAAAUAUAAUUAUUAUAUUGGGGAUUCAAAAUUCAUCAGAGUCAAUAAAUGAAAUACUAAAAAGAUGAUACAAGCUCAGAAUGUUUUAAGAAAACUUCGGGGUUGUAAGCCACGUAUGUUCCAAACAAGUAAAGUAGUCUAUACAUUAUGUAGUACACACUUCUAUAAAGAGUAUCUUGCACAAUAAAUUAAUGUCAUACGAAA